CUAGGGUAGUGCUCCGUCCUCCAAAACCCCGGCGUUUUUUGACAAAACCCUUGAUCCAAUGCCGAAGUGUUGGGGUACUAUGUAGAACUAUCGAUGUUCUUUUUACUAGUCCUUUCCCAAUUGAACCGGUUCCAGGAACCAGGUUAAGAUUAGGGCCGUUAGGAGAAUGAAACAACCGACGAUUUUUUGGAACCGGAAAAGCAAUGGUGGUGGUUCUUGGAGUUUUAAAAAUGAAAAGGACACAACUUUUACACACUUUUAAACAUUUUUUUCAGUUGUAAUGGCAGGAAUCGUUGCCAUUUAUGGAUUAGUUGUUGCCGUUAUAAUCUCUGGAAAAUUGGGAGUUGGAGGAAAGGAAUACACUGUAAACGCCGGUUUUUCACAAUUUGCAGCUGGUCUAGUUUGUGGACUUUGUGGGUUAGGUGCCGGUUAUGCUAUUGGAAUUGUUGGUGAUUCUGGUGUUAGAGGAUUGGCACAACAACCAAGACUUUUUGUUGGGAUGAUUUUAAUGUUGAUUUUUUCUGAGGUUUUUAUUCUUUAA